AUCUGACCCUUUUUCUUCCUCUUCUCUUUUUACUGGUUUCAACACAGCAGCACAAAAACAGUACUCCAUUUUCAUCUAAACAGAAGAGAAUUAGAAACUACAAAAAAAAAAAAAUCAAUCAAAUUAAAUUAGGGAUCGAUGUAAGUAGAAAUAUGGCAUGGUGCAGUCAAUCAACAGCUCUCCCAAUAAUAUCAUCAUCAGAUCAGGAAAAUAAUGUUAUUAUGAUCACUUCAAAAACUAGAUUCAUAACUUGUCCUUCAUGUGGACACAACAUACAGCUUCAACAUCAGAGGGGAAUACGACAUGAUUUGCCUGGUCUACCAGCUGGAGUGAAGUUUGAUCCAUCAGAUGGAGAGAUACUUGAACAUUUAGAAGCAAAAGUCCUUUCAGAUACCCAUAAAAUUCAUCCCCUUAUUGAUGAUUUCAUUUUGACCAUUGAUGGACAAAAUGGUAUUUGCUACACUCAUCCACAGAAAUUACCAGGAGUGAGCAAGGAUGGUCAAGUGCGUCAUUUCUUUCAUCGUCCAUCAAAAGCAUACACGACGGGGACUAGAAAACGUCGAAAGGUACACACUGAAAUUGAUGGUGGUGAAACAAGAUGGCACAAGACAGGUAAAACAAGGCCAGUUUAUAUAAGUGGAGUUCUCAAAGGUUACAAGAAAAUUUUGGUACUUUAUACAAAUUAUGGUAGGCAAAGAAAGCCUGAGAAAACAAAUUGGGUAAUGCACCAAUAUCACUUAGGUGAAAAUGAAGAAGAAAAAGAUGGAGAAUUAGUUGUUUCAAAAGUUUUCUACCAAACACAACCUAGACAAUGUGGAUCAUUUGCCAUAAAAAAACCACUUGAUCAUCACAGCAACAAUAUUAUUAUUAACCCUGUCCUUAAAACAACGAAUUUCGUCGAUUAUUAUAAUCCUAAUCCUUUCAUUUCAUAUAAUGUUGAGAGCCAAAGCUCACCUCAUGAUGAGUUAAUUCAGAAUUUGGUUGUUCAUGGUGAUGGCUCAUCUUUUGUUAUACCUUCAGAAGCAAGCAAAGAGAAAUGAGAAAGUAGGAAGAAAAUAAUUACUAUUAAGAAUAUUAAAAAAAAAAUGUUGGGGUUGUUGUUGUAGUGUGUAAUAGUCAAGUAAGUUAAAAGAUUUGAGGUACUAAUGAGGAUGGAGGAAUAAAAUAAAUGUUUAUUUUAAACAGAUUAAAGAUUAAUAAUCUACUUUCUUAGUAAUGCAUAGUCAUCAGUUCUUUGUUUAAUUAGGUUUUUUUUUUUGUUUUUGUUUUAAAGGUAGACAAUAUACAGUGUUCAUUAUUUACUUGUUUUUUAUUUUUAUUAAGAGUUAUGUAUGUAUGUAAGAUGUAAAUGAUGAACGAUUACGUCUUCAUAAGCUUAAUUUAAAUUUUCUUUGUAUUCAUAUA